AUGCAGGGAUUUCAGUUGCUAGUAUUCUGCUGCAUUUGGCUCCAGGCCUGGGCAGCCAAGGACUAUUUAUUCAAAAACUGUGAUCAGCUGGGUUUUUGUUCCAGAAACAGGCACUACAGGCACCAGGUGGAGGCCUCAGGAAGCCAUAUUCCGUACUUUGUGGAUCCCCAAUCUGUCAAGGUGGAGGACAAGGUCACGGGUACAAUUCUCAAGAAGCUUGAGCUGAAUGAGCUUAUUUGGCUUCCUUUCGAGUUGUCGUUGCUUAAAGGAGACAACAUCAGAUUCAAGAUCGACGAGGACCGUUCCGACGUCCAUGUCAAGGGGGUCAAUCCAAAGAGAUAUGACGAGACCGCUCAAGCUAUUUUUGAUGGUCCAGAAGAACAAAAGAUUGAAUCCUUGGAGAAGGUCGAAGUGACGAAGGAAAAGGUUACAGUGGUUUACGGAAACCAGGACCAGUACAAGGCUGUGUUAGAUCUCAACCAGGUUGCCUUGACGGUUUAUUACAACGACGAGGCUCAGGUGUCGUUCAAUUCGAAACAACUUUUGAACUUUGAGCACUACAGACCGCAAAAGGAAAAUGAAAAGCACGUUCACAGCCAGUUGGAGCUGACUUUUGAUAUGUGGAAGGACUCUUUCGAAGAUGCUAAACACGAUACGCGCAAGUUUGGUCCGGAGUCCGUGGCUGUUGAUUUGGUAUUCAAUGGCUUUGAGCAUGUCUACGGUAUUCCAGAGCAUGCUGAUUCGUUGAGCUUGAAGGAUACCACCGAGACCCAAUGGCCAUACAGACUUUACAACGUGGACAUUUUUGAGUACUACGCCGAGUCGAGAAUGCCCAUGUACGGCUCUAUUCCCAUCAUGACUGCCUCCAAGCCUGAUGUUUCGGUAGGUGUUUUGUGGAUGAAUAGUGCAGACACCUUUGUUGAUGUCAGAAAGGGCAAGGAUGUCACCACACACUGGAUUUCCGAAGCUGGUGUGUUGGAUUUGGUUAUUCUGAUUGGCGAAAAGCCCGCCUCCAUCAACAACAACCUUGGUCUUUUGAGCGGUUUCGUGGCUUUACCCCAGCUUUUUGCUUUGGGCUACCACCAGUGUCGCUGGAACUACAACGAAGAAGAAGAUGUUUUGGACAUUAACAAAAAGUUUGACGAGCACGAAAUCCCUUAUGACGCGAUCUGGCUUGAUGUUGAUUACACAGACAAAAGACAAUACUUCACGUGGGAGCCAGAUGCUUUCCCAGAUCCAAUUAGGAUGUUGCGCAAGUUGGACCACACGGGACGUAAUUUGGUGAUUCUUAUCGAUCCACAUUUUAAGCUUGGCUAUGAGGUGAGUGAAUAUGUUGACAAGGCCGGUAUCGGCCACAAGGAUGCUCUGAACAACACAUACAAGCACCACUGUUGGCCAGGUGAGUCUGUUUGGAUCGAUUCCCUCAACCCUUCAGCUCAAGGUUACUGGGACAAACUCCACGAAAUGUCUAGCGAGAACAAGGUCUUGGGUGAAGCCGAAAAUAUCCAUUUUUGGAACGACAUGAGUGAACCAUCUGUGUUCGAUGGUCCUGAGACUACUGCUCACAAGGAUAACCUCCACUACGGAAACUGGGAACACCGCUCCUUGCAUAAUCUCGUCGGCAAGAGUUUCCAUGAGCUCACCUAUAAUGCUCUUCUUAAGAGAUACGAGGAUAAGACCAGACAGCGUCCUUUCAUCUUGACCAGAUCAUACUUCGCAGGCUCACAAAGAACUGCUGCCAUGUGGACUGGUGACAACAUGGCUAAGUGGGAAUAUCUCAAGACGUCGAUUCCGAUGGUGUUGACUUCCAAUGUGGUAAACAUGCCAUUUGCUGGUGCUGACGUUGGAGGAUUCUUUGGUGACCCUUCAAAGGAAUUGCUCACUAGAUGGUACCAAACAGGUAUUUGGUACCCAUUUUUCCGUGCACAUGCUCAUCUUGAUAGCAGAAGAAGAGAGCCCUGGGUUCCUGGAGAGCCAUUUACUGGUCACAUUAAGGAUGCAUUGAGAUUGAGAUAUGCCUUGCUUCCUGCCUUCUACACAGCCUUCUACGAGUCCAGCACCAACGGAUCUCCUGUAAUGAGGCCUCUUUUCUACGCCAAUCCCGAGAACCCAGACGUCUAUGGUAUCGAUGACCAGUUCUUUUUGGGUAACACCGGUUUGAUGGUUAAGCCAGUCACAGAACAAAACGCUCGUUACGUCCAGAUUUACAUUCCCGAUAACGAGGUGUACUACGACUACACAAAUAGUGUUCCUGGAAAGGCUAUCAAAGAUUCUUUGGGCUCAGUGAAGAAAGCAGUCAGUCUUGGAGACAUUCCUAUGUACAUAAAGGGUGGCUCUAUUCUUCCAAGAAAGGACAGGUACCGUCGUUCUUCUAAGCUUAUGCACAAUGACCCAUACCAUUUGGUUGUUGCUUUGGAUAAGGAUGGCAAUGCAGAAGGUUUGUUGUAUCUUGAUGAUGAGGAAUCGUUCAAGUACAGAGACGGCGACUUCGGCAUCGCUACAUUCGAGGCCAAGGACGGCAUCAUCAGUGGAAACUUUGUCUCAGGAAACCCUGAGUUUGCUGACCAGCUCGAGCACAUCUUCGUUGAGAAAAUCACGGUUUUGGGAGCUAACGAUGUCACCAGUGCUGAGAUCAGUCAGGAGGGCAAGACAAACCUGGGUUCCGUCAAGAAGCACGAUGGAUACGUCGAAAUUGUGGGCGCCAAGCUCCGUAUCAACAAGAGCUGGUCUGUGAAGUUACAGCAUUCCAGCGCUCACGAUGAGUUGUGA